CGCGCGCAGCAGCAGCAGCAGCAGCGGCGGCAGGCUCGCGCGUAAGCGGCUCCGCACUCAGGAAACGCUCAGCCGCGCGGACACACUCAUCUCUCCGCUUCAAGGUCACCGAGCCGGCAGCCCGCGCGGGACCACGCAGGCAUCUUCACUCCCUCAAAGUGAGAACUCCAGGUUGAGGUGGGCUAGGAAUGCCUCCCCCAGCCACAGGUCCUCCCGCCGUGCCCCCACCGGAUGGCGGGUGGGGGUGGGCUGUGGUCUUAGCAUCUUUCAUCUCCAUUGGCUUCUCGUACGCCUUCCCCAAAGCGAUCACAGUCUUCUUCAAAGAAAUCCAGAUCAUCUUUGAUGCCUCCUACAGCCAGAUCGCAUGGAUCUCCUCCAUCAUGCUGGCAGUCAUGUACGCUGCAGGUCCCAUCAGCAGCAUAAUGGUGAACACGUACGGCUGCAGGCCCAUCGUCAUGAUGGGGGGCUGUCUCUGCGCCGUGGGCAUGAUCUCAGCGUCCUUUUGCACCAACGUCCUGCAGCUGUACAUGUGCAUCGGUGUUAUCGGCGGACUCGGACUGGCCUUCAACCUGCAGCCAGCACUGACUAUGAUCGGCAAAUAUUUCUUCACGAAGCGCCCUAUUGCUAACGGGUUGGCCAUGGCGGGCAGCCCGGUGUUCCUGAGCACCCUGGCGCCUCUCAACCAGUAUCUCUUCAACCACUUUGGGUGGAGAGGCAGCUUCCUCAUCCUCGGCGGCCUGCUGCUAAACUGCUGCGUGGCCGGUUCCCUGAUGCGACCGCUGGGGCCGCCACCCAACAAGGCCAAGAAGGACGAGCCGCUGUCGCCCAUCGCAACCACAACAAAAGAAAAGCUCUCCUUAUGGAAAAUAGUCAACAAAUACUUGGAUCUGACGCUCUUCAAGCAUCGCGGCUUCCUCAUUUACCUGUCGGGGAACGUCAUCAUGUUCCUGGGUUUUUUUGCUCCCAUCGUCUUCCUCGCGGCCUACGCUAAGGACAUGGGCAUUGACGAGUACUCCGCUGCCUUUCUGCUCUCCAUUCUAGCCUUCGUGGACAUGUUUGCAAGACCAUCCAUGGGGCUGCUAGCCAACUCCCGAUGGGUCCGGCCCAAGAUCCAGUAUUUCUUUAGCUUUGCAGUUCUGUACAAUGGCGUUUGCCACAUCCUCUGUCCUCUGGUUGAAAGCUACACUGGCUUGGUGGUCUAUGCCAUAUUCUUUGGAUUUGCCUUUGGUAUGGUCAGCUCCGUAUUGUUUGAGACGCUGAUGGACCUGGUGGGAGCGCAGAGGUUCUCCAGUGCUGUUGGACUUACCACCAUUGUGGAGUGCUGCCCAGUUCUUAUUGGUCCUCCUUUAGCAGGGAAGUUGGUGGAUGUAACCAAAAACUACAAAUACAUGUACUUCUGCUGCGGCGCCAUCGUGAUUCUGGCCAGCAUUUGGCUCUUCAUCGGAAACUUCAUUAACUACAGACUUUUGGACCGUGAGCGCAAACAUGCAGAAAUGUACAAGCGGACUGAGACGGAAGAUCCGGACCGGGCUCAGGAGGAGAAGGAGGUUGACGAUGGAGGUCAGGCCUCCGUGGAAUUGGUCGACAAAAGUCAGACAGACAAUCAACUUAUGCAGCGGGAGACCAACAUCUAGAAGGCUCUGGUCUGCCGACAGCUCACCGACAGUUCAUCCAACAGCUCACCCGACAGCUCACUCAACUGCUCACCCGACAGCUAACCCGACAGCUCACUCAACUGCUCACCCGACAGCACACCCUACAGCUCACUAGAUAGCUCACUGGACAGCUCACCCGACAGCUCACUGGACAGCUCACCGACAGCUCACUGGACAGCUCACUGACAGCUCACUAGGCAGUUCAUCCGAGAGCUCACCGACACAAACUUUCCAAACCUUCCAACACCGUCAGGAUCAGUUUCCCCACCAGGAGGCGCCUCUCAGCUGUCCUCUGUUAAGUUUCUGACUUCAACUGCCAAAAUCCUUUGAGGGAAGCUGUGAGACGCGUUAGUCAGUGAGCGAUAGCCACAAACUUAUUCUAGAUUCUUUCCUGCCACAGUUGCUCCGAGGAUCAAGUCUUCAGGCAUUCACUUGAUGUAGAAACAGGUUUAUAUUAAUCUUCCUUCAGAUCAAGCUUUGCUGAAAGGCAGUUUACCUCGCAGACUUGAAUGUUUCUUUCAGAGACCACCGUCAGCUAGAAAUUCCUACGGAGUCUCGUUUGUCCGGUCCUUGUCGUCACCGGUUCUCUAGUGUUGGGCUCAGCAGCUGAGUUCAUGAGCCUCCUCACGGUUGCAGAUGAGAGCAGGUCAGUCACCAUUAAACAUGUUUUUGUGUUUCUGUAAGAACUCAGUUUUUCAGACCAGUUCUGUUUAUUAACAAACUCCAUUCUGGUUGGAAUGAUUUCAAUUCUGAUCAGAAGAGUUCAAAAUAAUACUCCAACAUUAACAAUGUACUCAAGUUUCAGGAGUGAACAUGUCGAAGUCUACUCAGGAGAAACCGUCAGUUCAAAGUUGUUACUCAAAGUAUAGUGGUCCCUCGUUUAUCGCUGGAGUUACCUUAAAAAAAAAAAAAACUAACAGUCAAUUAUAAUCUCUCGUCUUAAAGUCUCUCAAAGCUCAAACUUUUGUAGAAAAAUGAGUGGGCUGCACUGUGGUGUAGUGGUCCCCACUCUUGCCUCACAGCGAGAAGGUCCUGGUUUGAAUCCCAGCGGGUUCUUUCUGUGUGGAGUUUGCAUCUUCUCAUUCAUGUGAGGAUUUUCUUCGGGUUCCUCCCACCGCUCAAAGAGAGGCUUCACAGGUUCAUGGGUCAUGCUAAAUUGUCCCUUGGUGUGCAAGUGAGUUUAACCCUGUGGCCUGCAACAGAUUGGUGACCUGUCCAGUGUGUACCCCUCCUUUGCCCAACAGAAGCUGGGAUAGGCUCCAGCAACCCUGUGAUCCCAAAAGGUCCUCAGGAGCUUCUGAAGAUGGAUGGAUAGAUCUAAAGUUCUUCUAGCGAUUAAAGAUUCAUGUAAAUUUGUUAAGCUGAAUGUAUUCUAUAUUGGAGACACAACAACAUUGAUUGACAGUUGUCUACAGCCAAUCGGGACACAGCACACAAUGCACUGUAAACAUUUUUGAACUUUGUGAGACCAUAAAAGGUAAAACCACGAUCCAUCAAGGGACCACUGUAACUGUAAACUUAUUUUUUUCUUCCAGUAUCUGAGUGAAUUCUCUGAAGUCUCCAGCAUGUUUGACCUUAGAAUUAGGAAUGGAAGUGAUGCCACACCCCUUCUGACAUAUCGUAUUAGCAUGUUUAGCUACGGUGAGAUAAAAACAAACCCAGAAGUUCUUCAGUUGGCUUCUGUUCUAAUCAGUGAUCACAUUGACAACCUCUUCAGCUGCGUGUUCAUGCUGGAGCACCUCUCCUCUCGUCUCGUGGAACUGCUCUAAGUAGCAAAGUAAAAUCCAGACACUGCCGUCUUUUGUCCCAUUUCUCUCUUGGUUACAGGGAAACGGUUGUUAUUGCUAUCAGACAUUAUUCAUGAUCGCCCAAAUACUUCAUGUUUAGAAGUAUGGUUGUAGUAUAAAACAUGGCCUUUGGCCCUCUUCUGUCACCUUUGGUAUUAAACGUCCAUUUGGUUGUUACUGUCAACACAAAACUAUGACAACAUGUCAGGGUUUUAUUGAUAAAUUAUUUUAAAAAGUAAGUUGCCAAAAACACAUGGAAGACACGGGCAAACGCUUCCACAAAGCCAUAAAGCUCUAGAUUCUCUUGAUGAUUUCAGGUUUUAUUUUCUACACAUAUCAGACAUGUUUAAUACUGAGGUCACAAAGAUCAAUCUCCAGAUGUUUAGUGAGAUCCUGGCCCGUGCAUCCCCCUCACUGUCGGUCUGAAACUUCAGGGUCACACGUUUUUAUUGAACUGCACCUUAUCUGCCCUUGAUCCCCCCCACUCCCAUCACCCCCCCGGACAGAUGUGUUCACAGCCGGGGAUGCUGGUCCUGCGCCGCCCGCCCGGGCCCGAGCAUGGCUGUCAGAUCAGCUCAUAAGACGUGAAACGUCUCCUUGCUCCACAUCCCCACACUCAUAUAUAGUAUGCCGCGGCAAAAGAAAAAUGGUUGCGCUUCAUUUCCAACAUUGUUAUAAAACUGCUGCAAUUCAGUGAAUUUAAUUACGGUUGAAUGUAAUUUCCUCUGUGGGCCUUAAUAAGGUAUUAAUGACCAAAAUCCAUCUGGAUAAUAGGGUUUUUUCUACAUGCAGAGCCCGGGAGCAAUAUAUGUACUCUCAUAGUGGAAUGCAAAUACACAGGGACAUUGAAGUGGGUACAUUCUAUCAUACAUUGCCUUAAAUGCAAUGCAGUGUCAUGAGACCAGGGCGAGUGGAGAGUUCAUACUUGAUUGUGUUCUAUAAAAAUGAUCAACCUUUGGCUAAAUGUGAACCACUUUAUUUUAUUGUAUCUUUUUGAAGUUGUGAUAAACUAUCAAACUUGAGAGAAAUCUGCUUCCUUUGGGACAUAUCUGCACUUGAAGCUUUAGGUCGUCGUGUAAAGCAGUGGUCCUCAACCCACAGGCUGUGGACCGGUUCUGGUUCUAGUCCUGGUACGCAGACGCAGCACAGAAAAAUGACAUUCUGUUUAAGUAUUAUCUUAUUCUGAGAAAAGUUUUAUUUUGUAAAACUAGUGGACUUUGACUCAGUCUAGAUCUGCAACUUUCAGCACUUGCAGAGUCAUUCGGGUCGAUUUCUCACUGACUAUAAAAUAAAAAAGACACACAGGGAAGCAGGGAAGACACAAAAUAUUGAUUUAUAUUUAUGUAUUUGUUACUAUUAUGAUAAAUAUUAAUGAACUAUUUUAGGAUAAUGUAAGUGUUUUGAUGCACGUUUGCAUGAAUAGACAUGACGAGAUUGAAUGGAUUCACAGCUAAUAAACGGUUGCGGACCACUGCAGUAAACUGUCCUCCACGUCUAUGUGGGGUGAAGGUUGUAAAAAACCAAGGGGAUGAAACUGCAUGUACACAUAAACUGCAUUUGACUAUUGAGUCUAAUCAAUUGUAGAGGAAAUCAAUCAUUUAUCGUAAGAAAAGUCGUAUUAAAAUUCCAGCUCUGUGGUUGACGUCUACAGACACUUUCCUCCCCUUCAUGUUUCUGAGGCUCCGUUGCUCCACACACUUCAGAAUGUAAACAUUUCAGAUCAGUGUGGAUAUUACGCACACCGGGGUUCUGUCUGUACCUAAAGAAUGCCUGUAAUGUUCAUGCCCUUUCCAGGUGUUAAGUGUUUAAACAUGUAUUUGUGCAGAAAAGAUGAUAAUUGUUUUUGCCAUAAUAAGCCAACCAAACAGUUUUAACCAUGAAAUGUUUCCAAGCAGUCAUGAACAAAGAAAACGUGUUUUAGCUACACAUGUAUGCAUAUCAUGAAGUCUUGUGUCUGCACGUGUAAAGUCACGCACAUCCAUGUGUUGUUUGGAGAUACUGCUUUCAGCUGUAAAUAAGUAUAUGAAUGAGUUCCUAGAAACAAUGAAGGUGACACAUUUAUUUUUCCCGGAUGUAGCCUGAAUUGUACCAACUGUUUCUCCACAGUCUGAGCGAUUCCUAAAAUGCACUUUGUUCACCAGCAAAGAAUGCCACCGGAAAUAAGAAGCUCUCUAAUGCUAACAAACAACACAAAUCCACAAGAAGGUUUUCCUGCUUGCACUGAAUGAGCCGAGACGGAGCGCUGUGAUGAGGGAAAGCUGUGGUCAUGCUGGCCCUCCAAUAACACUGCCCCAUGACUGUUUCUUAUCUUAAUACUGGGUUCACACUAAACCUGAUUUGCAUCAAAUUCACGUCGGUCUUAAGCUACGCUUUUACUGCCUCGACACCCACGUUCAAGCGACCACUUUAGAUAAAAAGUCAAUGUAAACACAUGACCAUGACCAUCUCAGGGUUCGCUCAGAAGUUGCAUUCAGUCGUAGCUACACACGUUUUUAACCCUUUAACACCGGCAUUCCAGUGUUUAUGCUCUCCUGCAGAAUCUUCUGAUUUUCUCCUUCAAAAUCUGCUGGAAUUAUCGUGUAUUAUCGGUACCAGGUUUGGGCACCGGGUUCGGGUACCGGUACGCUCUGCUUCCCGGUACUGGAUCAGUUUCGGUUCGCGGCCUUGAGGCUGAGGUAAUUUCAUGGGAACAUACAGCAUUUUAAAAUAAACAUCAAGUUGGGGACUCCCAAACCGUCAAAAAGUGACACAGAGGGGUCCUUAACCGAACGUCAAUAUGUGGCAAGGAGGGAAUGACAAUGUGUUGGUCAGGGGCAAAUUUUCAAGUGGGAGGAGCUACAGCUAACCAGUAACUUACAGGCUCUCUGUAUUGUGGCAGACAUGGAUGGUGCUGAAAGUGUAGCUUGGAUUUAUUCAUCUUGGAGAGCUCUACAAAAGUGCUGGAAAGCGCGAUAAGCUCCUCCUUCAUGUUGGUUUUUGACCCCUCCCACUGAUUGCAUCAUCAACACGCCCCUACCAAAGCAGUGCUCCUGAUUGGUUAAUGGAAUGUUAUUUUUUGGCAGACAUGGAUGGAUAUAAAUAAAUGUGAUUCUUGAAAAUGUG